UCAAUUUCUGCCCCUUGUUCUUUCUUGUUUUCAUUGUUCUUCUUACCUUCACUUUAAAUAAAAGUUGAUUCUAAAAGCUCAAGGCAUUUCUUUCCAUCGACUGAUACCCCAACUUCCUGAACAUGUCCGAUUCUGACGAUUUUGAUACCACCUCCCUUUAUGUUCCCUUUGAAGGGAUGUACAUAACAUUCUCAUUUGACAUUCAAGAAACACUGGAUCUUCAUCAUUGCGACCCGGAGGACUACGCACAUCUUUUCGAAGACAUCAAGAACUUUCCUGCCGUGAAAUAUGUUGGAAUCUUGAUAGACUAUGCAGAUCUCCCUUUACCUCAGACAAAAUACCAAAAAGUCAUGAUUCGACCCCUCCAAAAAGGAUUAAACAUUCCAAUUCCUCGAUUUGGUAUCGAAGAAGACAUGUGUACCCCCGUUUCACCAGAGACAGACCAUCCGUUAUCACGAAUAUCUCUUCAGUUAAACAAGCCGCUUCCUUGGUCAGGUUGCUAUCACCCCAACUUACAGGAUAUAAAUGUAAGGUUACCCACAGAAAGUAGGGAUUACAGUAAUGCGUACGAAAUGACGGAUCGAAGCCUGUGGGAGAUGAGAAAGUAUUUGGGUCAAGAUGCCAAGCGGAGAAAACUUCCACCAGAAUCGGAGGUACCUGUUGAAGUUUCUUCCACUCAUGAGCCAGGACCAGGCUCGCUUCUGGAUAUGAAGCUUCAUGGUCUUGCUCAAAGCCGCCCAGAUGAGCAUGCUAUUAAUUAUAGACUUGAAGGAAGUGAAGCAGGUCCAAGCCGAAAGCUUGUAAUAGAGGGAAUAGACGGCGACAGACGCCUCGAACUUGAAGUUCACCAUCCUGCAUUUGCCCCAAUUAUUGAUACAAUCCGACCUGACUCCGUCGAUAAUGACUCUGAAUUUACACCCGUUGUGAAAUUCGAUUCAGAUAUAUCAGCUGUGGACGAUUUCCCAAAUGCCUAUGAACUUUACGAUCAUUUGGAUGCAUUAGAGGCGUAGGUGGAUGUUUGAACCUAACUUCCUUGUUCUGAUUGGUGUAUUACAGACUAGUGAAAAAGUGCAAACAAGGUCCACCUCUAGCACCAGGAAUUCAACUCGAUAUCACUGCAGCGGCAACAGUAGACAUCAGCGCAGAUGUGUUCACUACAAAAACCAAUCACUUGCUGAAUGAGAAGA